AAAGAAAGUGGAGACAUGAAGUUGUGCCUGUUGUUCCUUUGUUUGACGUUUAAGAGCCUGGUUCCACUCGGCAGUGAGAUCGGGGCCAGGAUAAAGCAAAUGGUGGAAGAAAGGACAGAAGUCAACAUGUGGACGGCCGUGCUGAUUGGAUCUGUGACCGUGAUGUCAGUCAUUGGCGUGGUCGUGUUCCUUCUUUAUCGACGCUACAAACGGUCAAAGGAUGAGGCUGGUGGUACUCAUUAUCGCUUCAGGAAGAGAGACAAGGUGAUGUUCUAUGGCCGAAAGAUCAUGAGAAAGGUUAAGACGUUGUCUUCAGCCCCUGCCUCUAACACAAGCUUGGCCUCUCGGCAGAGAGUGAGGAAGAGGACCAAAGUCCUGUCAAUAGCUCACAAGAUCCUACGUAUCCGGAGGGAGCCCCCCACCCUGCAACCCAAGGAGCCCCCUCCCUGUCUGCUGGAGGCUGACCUGACUGAGUUCGAUGUACAGAACUCCCAUCUCCCCUCUGAGGUGCUGUACAUGUUGAAAAAUGUCAGGGUGCUCGGCCACUUUGAGAAGCCUCUUUUCCUGGAGCUGUGUCGUCACAUGGUGCUGAUUCCCCUGCACCAGGGAGAGGGACUCUUCCGACCAGGCGACACUGAUGACAGUAUUUAUGUGGUUCAAGAUGGCCGCUUGGAGCUGUGCAUCCAUGAGAGUGAUGGUACAGAUGCAGUGGUGAAGGAAGUUUUACCGGGAGACAGUGUUCACAGUCUGCUCAGUAUCCUGGACAUCAUCACUGGAUAUCCAGCACCCUACAAGACAGUGUCAGCAAAAGCUGCGGUUCCCUCCACUGUCCUGCGUCUUCCAGCUGCAGCCUUCCAGUCUGUUUUUGAGAAAUAUCCAGAGACUCUUGUUCGAGUCAUUCAGAUAAUCAUGGUGCGCCUUCAGAGAGUGACCUUCCUCGCCUUACACAACUACCUUGGCCUGACCACUGAGCUUUUCAACCCGGAGAGUCAAGCCAUCUCCUUGGUGUCAGUGACCCAUGUUCUGGGUGAGACUCAUUCCCUCAGAGGCCUCCGCAGGCAGCCGUCCCACUCCGAUGAUCUGGGCUCCGAAAAAGCUGAUGCAGUAACAGAAAAGUCCAGCUUCUCUGACAUCUCCUCGUCAAAAUACAAGAAAUCUCGUUCUCUCUCCACCCCAGUGGCCAUUACAGGUGAAAUGUCAUUCGCCCUCAACAGAGUUUAUGAGCGGGAUAGAGUUGCCAAGGAGGAGACUGUGCAUCACAACCCUGUUAAGUCUAUUCUGAAGAAGAGUGUCACAAUGCUGCACACUCCGUCUGCUGUUUAUGAAUAUAGUGAUGCUGGAGGAGGAAAUCUUCACCAGAAUAAAGUCAAUGCCAUUUUCCAAGCUGCCAAAAAGGAUCUGCUUCAGGUCAUCCAAAUACAGGACCACACUCUGCUGGAGGGCAGGGUGAAUCUUCGCCAGGUCAAAGCUGGCACUGUAGUGGGCCAUCAAGGAGACCAGGACGUGAGUGUGGCCUUUGUCAUCUCAGGUUCGCUCCACGUUUACCAGCGUAUGAUUGACCGCGAGGAGGAGACCCUGCUGUUUGUCACCCACCCGGGCGAGAUGGUGGGUCACCUGGCUGUUCUCACAGGCGAGCCCCUCAUCUUCACGGUCCGAGCUCACAGAGACUGCACCUUUCUCUCCAUAUCCAAGGCUCAUUUCUACGAAAUGAUGCGUGAGGAGCCCAGGGUAGUGUUGAAUGUAGCUCACACUGUGGUGAAGAGGGUGUCGCCAUUUGUCAGACAGAUCGACUUCGCCCUGGACUGGAUGGCUGUGGAGGCUGGCCGUGCUGUCUACAGACAAGGAGACAAGUCAGACAGCACCUUCAUCGUCCUCAGCGGCCGACUGCGCUCUGUCAUAGCAAAGGAUGACGGAAAGAAGGAGCUGGCUGGAGAGUAUGGUCGUGGUGACUUGAUAGGCGUGGUUGAGGCCCUGACACACAUGAACCGAGCCACCACGGUUCACGCUGUCAGAGACUCUGAGCUGGCCAAACUACCGGAAGGAGCUCUGAACUCCAUCAAGAGGAGGUAUCCUCAAGUUGUCACCAGGCUCAUUCAUCUCCUGGGACAGAAGAUCUUGGGCAACAUGCAGCAGGUCAACGGACCACUGGCCGCAGCUCGUAGUCUGGCUCUCAACGCCCCCACCAGCAAGUGGGAUGCUGGGAAUCCAGCCUCCAACCUUUCUACUGUGGCCAUCCUGCCUGUUUCCGAGGAGGUUCCUCUCACUUCCUUCACUCUUGAGCUGCAGCAUGCGCUCGGUGGCAUUGGUCCCACUCAACUCCUGACAAGUGACAUCAUCAAACAGCGACUUGGCUCUGCUGCUCUGGACAGUGUCCACGAGUAUCGUCUGUCCAGUUGGCUCGGGCAGCAGGAAGACAUCCAUCGCAUUGUCCUCUACCAGUCUGACUCCUACCUCACGCCUUGGACCCAGCGCUGCAUCCGCCAAGCUGACUGCAUCAUCAUUGUGGGACUGGGUGAGCAGGAGCCCACCGUGGGCGAGUUGGAGCGAAUGUUGGAGGGCAGUGCAGUCCGGGCCCAGAAGCAGCUGGUGUUGCUGCACAGGGAGGAUGGCCCACCGCCCAAAGGGACAGCCGAGUGGCUGAACAUGCGGAGCUGGAUCUCCAGACACCAUCAUCUGUCCUGCCCCCGCAGGGUGUUCUCCAAGCGCAGUUUACCAAAACUGAUAGAGUUGUACCAGCGAGUGUUUGAAAAAUGCCCAGAUCGUCAUUCUGACUUCUCCCGUUUGGCCAGGAUCCUGACGGGAAACAGCAUCGCCCUGGUACUUGGUGGAGGGGGCGCCAGAGGUUGCUCUCAGGUCGGCAUCCUGCGGGCGUUGAACGAGGCGGGGAUCCCCAUCGACUUGGUGGGAGGGACCUCCAUCGGGUCCCUAAUGGGAGCGCUGUAUGCCGAGGAGAAGAGCUACAGUCGCAUGAGGGUCAGGGCUCGUGAAUGGGCCAUGGACAUGACCUCUUACUUUAAGAAGAUUUUGGAUCUGACAUACCCAGUUACCUCCAUGUUUUCUGGAGCUUCCUUUAACUCCGGCAUUAGUUCUGUCUUCAAGGGCAAACAGAUAGAGGACCUGUGGCUAUCGUACUUCAACAUCACAACAGAUAUUACAGCUUCCUCCAUGAGAGUUCACACUGACGGCUCGUUGUGGCGUUAUGUCAGGGCCAGUAUGUCACUUUCUGGUUACUUGCCCCCCCUCUGUGACCCUAAAGAUGGGCAUUUACUCAUGGAUGGUGGCUACAUCAACAACCUACCUGCUGACGUGGCUCGCUCCAUGGGGGCCAAGGUUGUGAUUGCAAUUGAUGUUGGAAGCCGGGAUGAGACAAACCUCACCAACUAUGGGGACUCCCUGAACGGCUGGUGGCUGCUGUGGAAGCGAUUCAACCCACUGGCUGAGAAAGUCAAGGUCCUGAACAUGGCAGAGAUCCAGACCCGACUUGCCUACGUUUGCUGUGUGCGACAGCUGGAACUGGUCAAAGACAGUGAGUACUGCGAGUACAUUCGACCGCCCAUCGACCACUACGGCACUCUAGAGUUUGGCAAGUUCGACGAGAUCGCUGAGGUGGGAUACCAGCACGGGAAGACGCUGUUCAACGUAUGGCAGCGCAGCAGGGUGGUGGACAGUAUGCUGAAGGAUAGACAUCAGGAAGAGUUCCACAAGACCAAACCUGGCCAUGUGGUCACCUGCCCGAAUGCCUCCUUCACAGACCUGGCGGAGAUUGUGUCGAGAAUAGAACCCGUGAAGAAUGCCUUAAUCAAUGAGGAACUUUCUGAUGAGUAUCAGACAGACUAUGAUGAGGAGGCAGUGGAAAGCGCACUGUCCGACUUUGAGGUGUUCACCCCCGGCAGUGAGCAAACAGAGGGAGAGGAGACGGCAGACACCGCUGAAACGGAUGAAGAAGUUCAGAUCCGAGGUUGACUCUCCCGAAGACUGCUUCACAUAAUCUUACGACGUAGCAUCCUUUAAGGCUGCGACUAGCUGCCAGGGCUACUGCUCCACAACACACACACGUUUAAAUGAAGUCUGCAUUUGCAUUACUGACAUACUGCUGGAUACUUGCAUCCAGUGAACUAGUGAACAGUGAACUAGGUAUCAUGCACAGUGACUUGCGCAAGGAAACUUUGGCCGAACACGAAACUGUUGAUGAAUGCUAUGAAUUUAACCUAAUUAGCAAACCAGCUAGUAAUAGAGGAUAGUUUAAUUGUGUCAAGAACUCCGGUGUGUCUUUUAGAAAGUUUCUGUGAUUUUAAAAGUUCAGUGACAACAACAUGGGUUUCCACUUGUCAUGGAAAUCUGGAGACACUGCGUCUGUGAGACGUGUAAAACAGGGGAAAUACAAAGAACUCCAUCAGUUCUCUUUGGAAAGUCAGGGAGAAGUAUGAGCUAAUGUACAGGAAGACAGCUUUGUUUUGCUUUUCUCACACAUUAAUUAAAUUGUAUUGUUGGAAAGAUUUAAGAAAUUGUACUCAUGUCCUGCAUAAAUGCACUACAGUUUUUCAACAUAAUAUUUCAUCCUAAGCAGUGUCACUUUUUCGAACAGUAAUAAGACAAUAAGUUCAGAGCCAUGAAGCAGUAUAGUGCAUGUUUACAUGUAAGUUAAAACAGUAAAUAUGUUUAUUUUUCUUUCAUUUCUGUAGGAUGAUGAAAGGAUUUCAAGCAGAGCCAUGUGCACGCUACAGGUGUGACAAAAUUAUGUGAACAGUGACUAAUAAACUGGAAAUUAAUGUAUUUCUUACACAUA